UUGUGGUAUUAUUUAAAGGUCGGAACGCGGUCACACUGCUUUGCUCCUCAUAAAAUUGACAAAUUAAAAUUCAUAAUUUCUCGAUGAAAAUGAACUUAAAAAUGGAAUUGGUGCUAUUGGCCUUGUUUAGUGCUGUGGCUGGCAGCUGGGCAUUCUUGGAACAUGACAGUUGGAUUACGGUGGAGCUGAAGCACUCGCUUGCUUCCGAUGGCUUCUCCUUCCGUGGAAAUGUGACUAUUCCAAGCCUAAACUCUGGAUUGGCAAAUGUGGCCCAGCCGGCUUUAACCGAGGUUGAGCUGGACAUUCUUAAGACCCUCGCCAGGCAAAAUGAAUUCUACCGUCUGAAGGCCACGGUAGUGUACUCAAACGGUGCCAAGGCGCAGUUCCUUACAUCCAACAAGGCGUGUAGGUUGCUGCAAGCACAAUUGAACGACGUGCUUUGGAUCUCGCUCGAUCCCUCUGGAUUCGUCACCGGGAUAACUGUCUCAGAGGACGCAGCCCCAGGCAACGCUGAGUGCACCCAGGAGGAUUUAGACAAGCUAGCGGAAUCGCAGUUCAGCACAGACGUCCUGAUCCGCCACGCGGAGUUGGCUCCAGUGCCAGAUACGGCGGGCUUUAUUCAGAAAGUUGAGCGCGAGCGAGAGGCUAGAGAGCGAGGAGAAGUUCGCGACAACCGAGGAUUCUUUGCCAAAUAUUGGAUGUACAUCGUUCCGGUGGUGCUGUUGGUCCUGGUUUCGGGAGCCACAAACCAGGACGGUGCAAAAUAGCCAUGCCAAUGAGUACAUGUAUCCUUUUGUUUUUUCCUAAUAUUUAAUUUCCUAAAUUAAAUUCCUAGGCAAUUCUUCAUUCAUAAUGUCAUAACAAUAAUAUAAAGAGAACAAUACAAAA